GAUUUUGACAGUUUUGUUUUAGUGUAGACGUAGAAAGAUCAAGCAAGACGCUUUGCAAAAAUUGAAAAUUUUAUUUUAUUGCGGUUUGUUUCCUGAUACGGUAAUGUUAUAACGCCCUUACGAAGCCCUACAACAAAGGGAUCUUCAUUAAUUUUUACUAUAGCAUUAAACUAAGAUAAAAUGAAACGAGGUUAUGAUUCUAUGAACUCUUCAAUUGAAAUGAGUUCCUAUCGUGAUCAACAUUUUAAGGGUUCUAGAAGUGAACAAGAGCGCUUAUUAAGAACUUCAUCCACUCUCUAUAUUGGUAACCUUUCAUUCUAUACUACUGAAGAACAGAUUUAUGAGUUAUUUUCAAGAUGUGGCGAUAUAAGAAGAGUUGUGAUGGGUUUAGACAAAUACAAAAAGACGCCAUGUGGCUUUUGUUUUGUUGAAUAUUAUUCUAGGCCUGAUGCUGAAAACUGUAUGAGAUAUAUAAAUGGAACCAGAUUAGAUGACAGAAUUAUUCGUUGUGAUUGGGAUGCGGGUUUUAUAGAAGGACGUCAAUACGGACGUGGAAAGACUGGUGGGCAGGUUAGAGAUGAAUAUAGAACUGAUUACGACGGCGGACGCGGUGGCUAUGGGAAGAUCAUCGCACAGAAGAUCACUCCAAAUACUUUAGAACGUUGAUUUAAUAUGACAUGAGGUGUUGUGUGUAAAACAUGAUAAGUGUGAGGUAUACUUGUGCAAGACUGUAAUUGUAUUUGAUAGGAUAAUUAAAAAGAUUAGCAUUCGGAUCUGAAUGUGGCAUCACUAUUUAUGCCAGCUCUAUACAUCGGCCAUGAUAGCGACCAAUCAACAUACAGUCAGCAGCACAUCAAACUACCUAAAAUCUUGUUAAUACAAUUUGCCGUCGCUUAGAAUUUUAUGUAAGAUAAAUUGUGGUUGACUGUACAUCGCUUAAGUUUUGCUUGCAACUAUACCAGUAAACAAGGAUUGCAUUACAACUGAGCAAUGUACCUCGCUAUACCGCAAUCGUGGCCGACAAGGAGGAGCUAUAACACUAACUUGUAUCCGCAUUAAUUUUCUACAGUAAAACAUUUUUUUUUUUAAA